GCUGCUGUCAUCCUGGCAAUGUUUGUUAAGAUUUUUGCCAUUUAUUAAGUUAUCCAUAAAUCAUUACUUGCUAUAUAACUUCACGUAAAAGCAAUGGCUCACUUAUCAGCUGGUAAAGUAAACUUCAGCGCGCUUAGAGAGCUAGCCAGAAAGGAUCUUGUUAGCCUUUUGGAGAAAUUUAAUGGAACAAAGGCUAUUUUUUGGGAUGAAGAGCUGACGGGACCCAUUGGGUUGGUGGCUGAAUACAGCUUUCUAAAAGAACUCGAUGUUGUCAAAAUGUUCCAGCUAAAGCGGGGACGCAUACCUUCUGUCUCUGUUAAAAAUAUAUUGUUCAUUACAAGACCUCAAAUUGAACUUAUGGAUUGUAUUGCAGAUAAUCUGCAUUGUGAAGAAAACCAAGGUCACUCUGCCACCAAGGAAUAUCAACUGAUUUUUGUGUCCAGAAGAUGUGCAGUGUGUGAACAGAGGCUGAAGGAUAAAGGAGUUUAUGGAACACUCACUUCAGUUGAUGAAUUACCCAUUGAUUUCUAUCCACUAGACAGUGAUGUAAUUUCAAUGGAACUUGAUAGCAUUUUCAAGGAUUUGUAUGUUGAUAACGAUACCAGCUCUUUGCACCAAAUUGCUCGUGGACUGAUGACCGUUCAAAGUCUCUAUGGUAUUUUCCCUAACAUUGUCGGUAAAGGCCGCCAUGUCCGUAACAUAUUCGAAUUGAUGACGCGAAUGCGACGUGAUAUCGGAGUUGACUGCGAUCCUCCCAUGUCUCCGUUGUUUGACACCCUGAUGAUCAUUGAUCGGACAGUCGAUUUGGUCACACCUGUUGUAACGCAGCUAACAUACGAAGGUUUAAUUGAUGAAUUUUAUGGAAUAAAACAUAAUACCGUCAAACUCCCAGGUGAAAAGUUUCAAGCGGGAGCCUCUGGAGGUCAGUCACCUCGCACAGAUGACAGCACAGUUAAAUCCAUCGUUCUAAACUCAGCUGAAGAGCUUUACGCUGACCUAAGAGACAAGAACUUCUCUGCCGUGGGCACCACCCUGAGUCGCAAAGCCAAAGCCAUUUCAGCUCAGUAUGAAGAAAGGCAUGAAGCGAAAACAGUUAGCGAAUUAAAGCAGUUCGUAGCAAAGUUACCACAGAUGCAAGCUACCAAACAGUCACUUGCUUUACAUACAUCAAUCGCUGAAUUGGUUAAGGAAAUCACAAUUUCGGAAGCUUUUCAGGAAGCGCUUCAGGUCGAGCAAGACCUUCUCAAUGGAAUCGAUACUGACAAAGUAUGUCCUUACAUUGAAGAUUUUAUUUGUAAGCAAGAACCUUUGACAAAGGUUUUACGCCUAAUUUGCCUGCAAUCGGCGUCCAACAGUGGCUUGAAACCGCGUGUCCUAGAACACUAUAAAAGAGAAAUAAUCCAUGCCUACGGAUUUCAGCACAUGAUCACUCUUCAUAAUUUGGAGGCGUGUGGUCUCCUUCGGUUGCAACAAAGCAGUCGUCCUUUUACUGUAAUAAGGAGGGCGCUGAAUCUCACUGUGGACGAUGUCAAUGAAAUAACACCGACUGAUAUCUCAUACGUGCACUCCAUUUAUGCGCCGCUGAGCGUACGAUUGGUUCAAUGGGCAGCCAAGCCUGGAUGGAAACAGAUUUCCGAUGUCCUAAAUUUGAUAUCAGGACCUUUAGUUCAAGAAACUCAACCCAUUUCCAUGGAUUUAAGAAGAAAUUCGAAGAAUAGUAUUCACAGUUCGAUUGAAGAAACAAAAGUCACGCUAGUCUUCUUCCUUGGUGGAUGCACUUAUGCCGAGAUCUCUGCUCUACGUUUCUUGUCUAAAAGAGAUGAUGCUCCUACAGACUAUCUAAUUGCCACCACAAAUAUCACAAAUGGUGAGAAUUUUCUAAAUAGCUUGUCAGAAACUCUAAACAAUUCUCUAGUCUGAUACCGAUAAAGUUGCACCGUUAUUUUGUCUUUCGAUAAUCGAUAAACAUCAGGUAAAAUGCGCGUUAUAUUUUUUUUGGAGAAAUAGUGCAUUCUGCGUUUAUUCCAUAUUACUUGUUGAUGGGUGUUGAGAAAAUUUUUUUAUCUCUGGAAAUUUUCCCAUGCUCUCUUCCCAUUGUUGACCAUUAAACGUUUUAGUGAGGACUUCCGCAAUUGUGCCUUCAUCAAUACAGUGAGGCAUUAACCCUAA